GGUACGUGAUACUUCAAAACAACAUGAUGGCUGUCAACUGUCAUAAUAUUUAUAUAAAUAUAUCUACUUAUUUUCAUCCUAUCGUUUGGUUAUCCUAUCUUAUGGUUAUUUUAACUAUCAACAUCUUAUCGAAAAGGAAAGUCUAUCAUACGUCCAGCGUUAGAAAAAGAUGUAACGUAACCUACUUGUGCAUCUGGAUCUUUUAGGUACGAGGGAUUGAUAAUGGAAUUGUCUACGAGCUCACGACCUAGAGGUGUAGUGAGUAUCCCGUCACACGAAACAAAAUUAAGGAUAUGGUCAUCUCUCAUCCACACCUUAUCUUUACUAAGCUAAAACAGCGGAAGUUCCCAGAUCCUUCAUACAGGUAUCCUCCGCCAGCGAUGAAGUUUCUCCAGAUACUGCAGCUUCCUUCUCCGUCGGGGAUGUCCUCAGAGCCUGCAAUGGUCCAGGGCUAUGAUUGGCGGAACCCAGCAGACCACCGACGGCGAUUCCUGGUACGAGUGAACCGUACCCUCGAGCCUCCAGUUUUAAAAAACCGCCCAAAAAACCUUCUGAGGAGGAACCGCGGCUUUUCUCCAGUCCUCUUCCUUCGAGUUCCAAUCCAGGCCUUCGCUCGUCUUCUUCACGGUCUUUCCUAUCCUCUUCCUCUUUUUAACCUUUUUCUUGACGACACAGUCGAAGGUGGGUUGAUGGAUAGGAAGUAGCGGCCUGCUUCUUUUCCUCUGGUCCUUUUGUCCUUCGAUCGUCCUUCGCAACCACAAUGUGCUGGCGGGUGGGAAACUCACGGAAUUUUUACUUAAUUUCCAGUCACUGUUCACUCAAGUUUUUGUCACUUUUGGCACAAUUUUCCAGUCACUUUUCACUUAGUUUGUAGUAACUUCACUCCCCAAGGAUUUGCGGAAUCCCACACCUAGUACCAAAAAAUAUCCUCUAACACGCGGAGCCGAAUUUGGCGCGGAAUUAUCCCGAAUUUAAAAGUUCAAAAAUUUCACGUUGAUUUAUUAAAAUAGAUCCUGUUCGGCUCCGUUGGCUCGUUACCACAAUUAAGGGUUUAGAAACCCAAACCCUUCGAUGAAACUCUUCUCUUCUUUCUGAAAACGGAUAAUUAGGCUACAAAAUGAACUGACAACUAUAGAUUUUGUGAUAUUAGAUUAACAAAAUGAAUUUAUUCAGAAUGCGAAUUGUACAAAUUUUCCAGAGAACCGGACGCGUCCGAGGGCAAGAUUGCUUCUGGUCUCUGACUUCGGCGAUGGGAGUUUCGGUACCGACGUAGCGGUCCUUAGCUCCCCCCUCUUUCGUGCUUUCUCUCUCUUCUAAAUUACAUUUUCUCUCUAUCCCACUCUACAUAUCCCUAAUCUUAUUAUGACUAAUAAUUGGUCGCCGAUUUCGAUACGCCGUCUCAUGUGAAGAACGUACGUGCCCUAACACUU